AUGUCUCCAAUAACUUUCGACUGCAUCGUCAUCGGCUCAGGCAAUGCGGGCUGCUGUGCAGCGCUUUCUGCUGUCGAGCAUGGCUGCAAGCGUGUGGUCGUGAUAGACAAAUGUCCCGAGGAAUGGGCUGGCGGUAACGGGUACUUCACCGCAGGAGCUUUUCGUACCGUUCACGGUGGCCUUUCCGAUCUCCUCUCCGUCGUCCCUGGUGUUUCUCCAGAAUUGGCGUUGAGGACAGACAUUGACCCUUACUCCGAGGAGGACUUUGCCAACGACAUCGUCAGAAUAUCAGACGGGAAAAGUGACAUGCAGUUGGUGAAAGCGGUGGUCGAUGGUUCGAGAGAUGCCAUCACUUGGUUGGCAAAAUUUGGAAUCCCGUUCACUUUAUCGUUCAAUCGACAGGCGUACGAAGUGAAUGGGAGGCAAAAGUUUUGGGGUGGGAUGGCUUUGAGCACAGACGAUGGAGGAAAGGGCCUGAUUCGAGCACAUCAGACAGCUCUCCGAAAUGCGGGGGUGGAAUCCUGGUUUGAGACGCCUGCUUUGAAGCUUCUGAUUGAAGAUAGUAUAGUCAAGGGGGUGGAGGUGGAGAGAAGUGGAGAGAAGCAAAUUCUGAAAUCAAAGGCAGUAAUACUAGCGUCAGGAGGGUAUGAAUCGAGUGCACAACUGCGCGCGAAGCAUCUUGGUCACGGUUGGGAUAACGCGAGGGUGCGUGGAACUCCAUACAACACCGGCGAUGGUAUCUUUAUGGCAAAAGCGGUAGGCGCAAAACUUUCCGGCGACUGGCAAGGUUGUCACAGCACCUGCUGGGAUGCCAACGCGAGUCCUGACGCUGGUGAUCGAGUGCUCAGUAAUCAAUUCACAAAGUCUGGAUAUCCGCUCGGUCUCAUGAUCAACUCCCUUGGACGUCGCUUCGUCAACGAAGGAGAAGACCUUCGCAAUUUUACUUACGCCAAGUUCGGGAAAGAGAUCCUUCGCCAGCCAGGUGGAUAUGCGUUCCAAGUUUGGGACUCUCAGGUCACCAACUGGUUGAGGAAAGAAGAAUAUAGCGACGGCAUUGUCGAGAAGAUUUGGGCGGAUUCGCUGGAGGAACUAGCGGCGAAGUUGGAAGUAAAGGGCUUGGAGGACGUGCAGUCGUUCGUUCACACAGUGCGCUCAUACAAUGCCUCGGUGACAGCCUUCCGAUCAUUGCAUGCUGUCCCCGAAUGGAAUCCUGCCGCGAAGGACGGUCUAUCGACAAAGGACCUUCCGCUUCCGAAGUCCAACUGGGCAUUGACCAUUGACAAAGCGCCAUUCCUGGCGGUCAAAGUUGCUUGUGGCAUCACCUUCACCUUCGGCGGCGUAGCUAUUGAUUCUACGACUGCGGGUGUUCUUGACGAUACUGGUAAGGAGAUCGAAGGUCUAUUUUGUACGGGAGAAAUGGUAGGGGGUUUAUGGUAUGGUAAUUAUCCUGGUGGCAGUGGUUUGACUGCUGGUGCAGUAUUCGGAAGGAAGGCAGGGCGAGCAGCAGCCGAGUUAGUCAAGCGUGUUUGA